AUGAUGCAACGAAAGCAAAAUCAACAAAAAUGUCGAGGAAACAAAAGAAAACGUCUCAUUAAUAUUCCUUCUGUACGUACGUUUAAAACUCAUCAAUCAUUUAGUAAAACAUUGAAAAAAGUAAAUUCAUCAUUGCCUAAAUGUGAUAACAAGAAAAACGUUAUCGUUCAACAUCUUGCUCAAAAGUUUUGGUUGCUCUCUAAAUCUAAACAUCAACGUACUUCACUUAAACUUGCUGAUAAGCUAAAAGAUGAUGUUCAUAAUUUUUAUGUACGAAAUGAUAUUUCAUAUCAACUGCCAGGAAAAAGAGAUGUAGUUGUUGCUAAAGAAGAUGAUGGAAGCAAAAUAACUUAUCAAAAACGAAUUUUGCUUAAUAGUUUACGUGAAAAUUAUGAAUUUUUUAAAGAGGAGAAUAAAAAUGUUAAUUUAAGUCGUUCAUCAUUUGCCGAAUUAAGACCAGUAUUUGUUAUUCCAAAAGCUGCAUUAGCACAUAGAAAUUGCUUAUGUUUGUAUCAUGAAAAUAUUUGUUUGCUUUUGAAAUCUCUUGAUAAAUAUGUUGGUGGAAAUUAUUGUUCGUCUUUAGAAACAUUUACUAAUAGUUUGGUUGAAGAACAGGUGUCAAAUGGUAGUGCUAAAAUAACUUGGUCACAAUGGAUGAAUGAAUGUGGUCGUGCAGAAAAAAAAGAGUUUUCAGGAACUGUUGAUGAAGCAGUUCUCUUGUUAAAAUCGAGAGUUGAAUGUCUUUUGUUUCACGUAUAUAUCAAACGAGAGCAAUCAAGGUAUUUCGAAAAAUUAAAAACUGAAGUUACUGAUGAAAAAGUUGUAUUACAAGUUGAUUUUGCCGAGAACUUUAGUAUGAAAGAGCAGGACGAGAUCCAGCAAGCUCAUUGGAACUCAAAAUCAUUGAGUAUAUUUACUGCUUUUGUUUGGUCGAAAACGGAAAAUUUUUCUUUUUCUUUACCAUCAUCGGAUGUAACACAUGAUACAUUUGUUGUGAAUUCCGCUUUGGAAAUUAUUUUAAAUCAUGUUGAAUCAGUUCUUCCAAAUGUUACAGAAAUAAAUUGUUUUUCUGAUGGUGCUGCUUCCCAGUUCAAGCAGCGCUAUCAUUUUCGAAAUUUAACGAGUAUUGCAAACGAGAGAAACAUUGAUUUGAGGUGGAAUUUUUUUGCAACUUCUCAUGGCAAAGGUGUAGUCGAUGGUAUUGUAGGUGUUGUAAAACGUCUUGUUUGGUCAGCUAUAUUAGCGGGAGAUGUAUGUCGGUCAGUUGAAGAUUUUAUUAAACUCGCAAGAAAGAAAACUGAUAAAAUAAUUGUUACUGAAAUAAAAAUUGACGAAAUUCAGAAAUCGAAAAUUAAACUGGAAAAUAUUUUUAAAACAGCAAAAUCUGUCCCGGAACCACAAAAGAUGCAUUAUGUUAAAGUAGUUAAUGAAAAUGAAUUAGAGGUUAGUUAUUAUUCUAUGUGUGCUCAAAGAAAAAGAGUAAAGUAUUGA